AUGGACUACUCAAACUGGCGGCCGUGGAGGAGAGCUUCGAGUUCAACGAGGAAUGUACCUCCAGAAGGGUUCUAUUCGCCAUUGGACAAUGGUGGAUCCAUGCUCACUGAUGUGGAAAACACCUUUCCUCCAGGACAGGGCGAACCCAUUAACACGAUUAUUUCUGGGAACUCGGACAGCAGGGUGCUCGUUGACUCGGAGGAAAAUGGGGGGCUGAGGAAUUAUUUUCUGUCGUUGGGAUUUUCUGGUGAAUGUCUUGGGCAGCAUUCAGGCUCUGAUCAAGGGGCGAACCUUGGAGACGGGGACGGAUUUCAGAAUGAAACGUCUGUUAUUCGAUGGAAUUAUGGAGACCCACAGCUGGGAUCGUGUAAGGAGACUAUAGAAGGAGGCAACCACUUUCGCUAUUGGGUGCAAGAUGGUCCUUCUGCUAACAGUGGGGCUAUUUUUAUGGCCGUGUCAUAUGAAUUGCCUUUGAAUUUGGGGCAUGAUAUCAUAUCCAACGGGUAUAACCUUGGAAGAGACUGGCUGAUAGGCAACAUCACGGGGAGCAGUAUACCGCCCAACAUCACAAAUGGGACGACGUUCUCUGGGACGACCUCGUUCGCUGACUUCACAUAUCACACUGAUAUCACAUACAUCACCGGACUGCUGGAAAACACUAAUGACAAUAUAAACCACAAUAUAACAGUCGGAACGGAGUUUGUGAAUGCGUCGGAUGGCCUGGUUGCGCUUCUCGAUGUAAAGAUCACAUCUGAGCCUGUAAAAUCAACGGCUUUGAAACUGUCGAUGCCGCAGUUCUGGCAACUGCUUCCUCUAAUGGUCAUCCUUGUGCCCAGCCUAGCACCCCCUUUGACUAUUUGA